AUGAGCGAGCUUCUUGCAGUGAACAGCCUUCGAAUCGGCGUCGAGCCCGUCGACGUCGAACUCGACGACGACUCCGGUAUUCUAUGGACGUCGUUGCAGACCGCGUUUCCCGGUUGUUCGGGAAUGUAUUAUCGCGACGAGGGAAACGAUUGCAAAAAAUCGGUGCGUUUCGAUGGGAAGAAGUUUCUCGCGCCCGGCGGCUCGUGGAAUAAUCGACAAUUCUAUGUGACAUUGAGUCAAAAGUGUCACGCCGCUCAGGGCAAUAUUGCGGGAUCGAAUUAUUCGGAAGCGACGAAAAUGUUCGAGAGGAAUGUGCAGGCCGUUCAGAGGAUGUUAGCGGCGACCGGAAUGAAAAUCGACAUGAGCCACUUAUCGAAACGAAAAACCUCGCGUGAGCAUCGAGAUUCUGAUGAGCGACCGCCUUCUGGAAUCUCAACGCCGGUUCCGGACCCGAUUCAUGCGAUCAAGGAACGAUCCGAACUGCUUCAAUCGAGUCAACGCGAUCUGACGCCGCUCGAGCAGCAAUUUUUGGAUCUCGCGCGAAUUUCGACGGCAAAAGACCAAAUCAUCGAAUCGCAUCGGCAGGAGAUCGCGAAACUGAAUGAACGGAUUCGAGAAUUCGACAAGGAGGCGAAACAUCGAAACGCGCAACUCGAGACGGCCAACGCGAAAAUUGCGGCGCAAGAGGCGGAGCUCGAGAUUCUCAGGAAUCUCGGCGGACAAUUCAAUGAAUCGAAAGAAACUGCGGCCGAAUUACGGAAUAAUGUUGAACAAAUGACAGAUGAGCUGAAAACAUUGAGGGCCAAGAUUGAACAACUUCACAAAGAGAAUGAGGAGCUCCGAGAGAACAAUGAGGCGAGUUAUAAUCGAAAUCGAGAACUCGCUGAAAAUCUGGAAGUGAUGAAGACGUCGAAGGAAAUACUUUCCAAAGAGCUCAACCAAUUGCGACCGUUUGCCGAAGCUGCCGAACUCAUGCAAGACUUGGAAAACGUCCCAAAUUAUAUUGAAACGCUGGAAAGGAACAAACAGUUGCUAGAAGAAAAUGAAACCUGUAAAAAUGAAAUCGAGAGUUCGAAAAAGGCGUUCAUCGAGCUUCAAAAUGUGCAUUACCCAAUGGCAGAAGAAAUGGAAAAAUUGAGGCAAAGAAAUGAGGAUCUCGAGCAGCAUCUAAGCCACGUCGACGAAGAAAUCAAAUGUUUGAACGAGAAUUGGGCAAAAGAAUUACGAGACAAACAAAAUGAAUGGGAUCAGAUUAAAACCGACGCCGAAGCCGAAUUGUUCUCGCUGCGCGAUCAAAUCGCCCAUCUUCAGAACAUCGUGGAAUGCGCUUCUCGAGAAGCCGCCGAACAGGCAAGAAGGGCUGAUGAGCUGGAGCACAAUAUACAGGAAAUUCGGCAGAAGACGACGGCAGCUCACAUCAAAAAACAGGAUGAGCUCACGCGUAAAGUUCGAACGCUCACCGAGCAACUCGAAGAGGCCGAAAGCCGUGUGGCCGAGUUGAAUGUGCUCGUCACCUCAUUGGCUCAAGACGCGCACAGCUCAAGGCGGGAUAUUGCAGAUCUCUUGUAA